UUCACGCGAAAACUAACCAGAUGGACUAUUACGCCCACUGCUUGGUUGGAUCGUGAAUUAAAAACUUAUGCAGGUUGGUUCAGCUUAGUUGCGCGAUGGAAGCUCAGAUCCCCGGAAUUGAAGAACAGUAAAUCAUUUACGAUUAAACCAUAAUCUGCGAAAACGCUCAAGCUGGAUAUUCAAGCAAAUUCCAGUCUUACGCGAAAGGCGGAUCGUCCUUCAUCCGUCUGACGCCUAAACUCACAUUUGACUCGGAACGCUUAUGUUUCAAUCGCUUCAAAUUCUGCGAAAGUUUACGACCUAAAUUUGUGAACGAAACCCGAGGACAAAUAAGUUGACAUGAAUGCCGUCGGUUCUCGUCAUCAACCCUGGGAAAUGAAGUGUGAUCAGGCUUCUGUGGAAGAUGGUUCAGCGUUGCAAUCACAAGAGAGUUUCCGUCUUCGAGCUGGGAUGCUGGAGGAAAAUCGUGGCGAUUUCUGUCAACAAUCCGGGACUAUGUCAAGCUAUGCUGUGAACGAUGUUUCUGGCUCUGGUUUGCUGAAAAUGCCUAUGGCUUCGAGAUUUGGAAGUGGGAUGAACCCGGCUCACAUAACUAGAUGUCAGCUGAUCAGGUCUUAUUGGCAGCCGAAUGCGUGGAAUGCGCAAACUUUGAUCCGGUCUAAACAAUUUGCCCCGGAGCAAAAUCGACUGAUGGGUGGAGAGUAUGUGGGCCAUUCUGGAGGGCUCUUGGGUCCUGGGAUACCUGAUCCAGUGUUUGGGGACCACCUGCGCUGCCCAUAUUCAGCAACAGAUCAUGGAAAGCAAGCGACAGGUCUAUCUGCUGGGACCCAAUUUGCUCAGGGGAUCAACCAGGCAUAUUUGUCCAGGACUGGGAAACGUAUUUCUUAUCCUCCGAUGCCGGGAUCCAUGUAUCCUGGAGAUGGGCUGAAACCACCUGCUCCACCAUUGCUGCGCUCUCCAUCUGAGCCUAUGAAAUCUCGCAGCCUGGAUGAUUUUCGCGGUAUGGUUGGUCCCGGUUGGCCAUACGUCACCACACGUGGCACAAUUGCCCUAUGGAUUAACCGCUUCAUCAUGGUUGAAAUAACCUGCGAUUCUGCAAUUCGUGUUCUCAACUACCAAAGCAACAUCUUGUUGGCACUGGACGCGUCUGGUCAAUCUGCAGCAAUGGUUCAUCCCAAUGGUCGCGUGUACCAACACAACAAUCGCGUCGAAAUUAUGAUCAACGAAUCGGACGGGAACAACAAGUACGCUAAAAUGUGGUACAAGGGAGUUUCGUUCACGUCUGAACGAUCGUCGCUCGUGUACCUCGUUGACGAAGGAGGAACGAGAACUACGGCGGAUAGGUUUUCCCGGCAAAUGAGUGCACCUGCGUUUGCCACGUCUGUCGUGUUCCUCAGUGGGUCUUGUCACGGCGAAGUCGCGUUUAAAGAGUGCUAUGAAAUUCUCAAAGAGCGCUUUCAACACUAUUCCAAGGGUAACACGAAGGUCUGGACGAUCAAUGACGUGCGUGUUGUGCAAAGUGAUGAGGCGUCUCUGACGGUUACCAGAGACUCAGAAGACGAGGAAGGGGCGCCGGUGAAGAGGAAGCUCAAGACUGCUGUGAACAGUGGCACGGCUUUGUUGUCUACCCCGAUGGUGCAUUCCACUGCCACAUUGGGUCGAAGCACGCAUUUGUUUGUGAAACGCGGCGAGAAACGUUUGCACAAGGACCCCACGAGUUUUGUGGUUCGCAACGGAGGUCAUUCGGCUGGCUUUGACGAGAAUGGGAGGCUAAAGGUUUUCUGAAAAAGAAAAGGGGUGGUUGAACAAGUGUAGAGGUGGUUUUUACGUCCUGCGAUUUAACGUACUGUACCUGAUUUUUCUUUUUGAUUUUUUUUUCUUUUCUGGUCGUGAUUUGAUGCGUGAAUUUUACUCCAUUUCUGGGCAAGUGCGUGAUGGGUGUUAUUGCGAAAAGUUGUGCGUGAUGAUUGUUCUCUUGGUAAUGUGACGUGACUUUUGAAUGGAACCGCGAGCUUCGAAGGCUUUAUUUUCUGUGGAUCGAAUAUUUUCUGGAUGGUUCAUCUGAAAUAUUAAAUUUUGUUUCGAGUUUAAAA